AUGGCUGAUACUACGCCUGAUUUGUCACAUACAGAUAGRCUAUCAGUUGUUGUAAGGUUCGUCAAUAAUGAAGGAACAGCAGAAGAAAGAUUAAUAGAAGUCCGCGAAGCUUUAAAUAAGACUGGCGUAGGAAUGGCAAAUGACAUAUUAGACACAUUGCAAAAGAACGAGUUGGAUCCUGAUAAUCUUGUUUUUCAGUCGUACGAUUUUGCCAGCAGUAUGUCCGGAGUAUUUAAUGGUGCACAACAAAAAUUAACAGAAUUAUUAGGUAGAAAAAUACCUUAUAUUCCAUGCCAAGCUCAUAGAAUUAACACAUUCAUUGAACAUGGAUGUGAAGCUAGUCUUAUAAUAUCCGAUAUGUUUUCAGUAAUGCAAGAACUUUAUGUAUUUUUUUCUUCAAGUACAAAGCGAUAUUCACCAUUACUGAUCAAACUAUCUGAUGUUGAAAUUGCAUUGAAACUAAGAAAUUUGUCAAAGACGAGAUGGACAGCACGUGCGGAGGCGAUUAAGUCUGUUUGGWCGUCAUUUGAUAUAAUUAUUGAAGUUUUAGAUGAAAUAACAAAUACCAAGGACAAAUUUGAUAAAUCCACCAGAAAUGCAGCGUAUUCUUUAUCAAAACGUUUAAUUUCUGUAGACUUUGUUGUUAGUAUUCUAUUUAUGAAAAAUGUUAUGUAUAAGAUGAAGUUAUUAACUGAGUGUCUCGAAUCAAUCGAACUUAAYAUAGCUGAUGCAAUCAUAUUUAUGUCAAGUACUCUAGAAUCAUUAAAUAUUAUUAAUUCUGACGUAGAUKGUAUGGAUAAUCUUAUAAAUAGUUCAAUUGCGUUUUUGAAGUCUUUUGAUGUAGAUGCUGAAAAAGAGUUUAUAGUUCGCCAUAGACGCCGACUUGUACCUAAACGCCUUGAUAAUAAUAGAGAUAAUGCGGCUAAUAUAUCAUUUAAAACAUUUUAUAGAAAAGAAUUUAAAUCUGUGUUAGAUGAGCUCACGUCACUGAUGAAAAAUCAUUUAGAUAGUUGUAUUGGUACAAUUAAACCAUUAUAUAAUCUGUUCAAUCCCCCUGUAUCAAGGAAUAACUUAACUGAAACUGGAAUUCAAGAUGCAAUCACUUUUUUACCCAAACAAUGUGUUGUAGACCCGUUACAUUUACUGGUUGAGUUAGAAGUACUGUACGACCAAUUUAAAGAAGUGAAAACUGUUUCAGAUGUAGCAGCUGUUUCGGAACAAACGAAAAAAAUGCUUCCUAUAGCUAAUAGAAUGUCUCGUUUAUUGUGUACAGCUCCAGUAACUGUUGCUGUUCAUUAA